GGACACAUUUCCUUGUUGUGCAUUGUGUGCUGUGGUGUGUCAGCAAUGACCACUAAUCGCUAAAUUCCCCAUGCUUGCCUGCGCUAUUCGUUAAUAGCAGUGCAAAGAUGCACAUAACUAAAACAUAAAGUAUAAGCGGCGCUCAGCUCCACAGCUAUUGGAACAACGAAGGCAGGCGUACGCCUACGUUUUGGAGGCACGCCUCACACCAUACACUUUUGCUUUUAGUCGCUAAAAGUUAUUCAGUAAUCAAGAGGACAUGGCUCAGGACUCGGUGGAUACUUCAGCUGCAAUAACAGCGGAAGAGUUGAAAAAGUGCAUCGCCGAAGGCACGGAUUGCAAUGCGUCUCCCAAGCCGUCAGGAUUACCUCUGUCCAGGAAAAUAUGUUAUGCGGUUGGAGGUGCCCCAUAUCAGAUGACAAUCAACACUAAGGGUUUCUUUUUGCAAAUUUUUCUGCUGGAUGUCGUUCAGAUGGGGGCAUUCUCCACCUCUAUGAUCCUGUUCCUUGGUCGAGCCUGGGAUGCCAUUUCUGACCCCCUGGUGGGAUACAUUGUCAGCAAAAGUCACAAGACUCGUAUUGGAAAACUUAUUCCCUGGAUAGUGUUCUCCACACCCCUUGGGAUUGUCUCCUACGUUAUGCUCUGGUACACACCUCAGCAAACCAUGUCUCCAACAUUCAGCUUCAUCUGGUAUUUCACCAUGUGCUGCCUCUUCGAUACCUUUAUGAGUUGUUACCAUGUCCCUUACUCGUCCCUCAACAUGUUCCUAGGGGGGAGCCAGAAAGACCGAGACUCAGCCACGGGAUACAGAAUGGGUGUGGAAGUGUUGUCCGCGUUAGCUGGAGCAGGCAUUCAGGGUCAAAUUGUGGGGGUUUAUCACGCCAAGAAGGCUCACGCUUGCAGCCAGCUGAACCACAGCGAACCUUCACAGCACAACAUAUCUUCAGGCAUCAGUGAUACUCUGCAGGAAACAAGGAGGGCCUAUGUGAUUGCUGCUGUAAUCAUGGGGAUGCUCUACCUCCUGUGCUGCAUGGUGCUAUUCCUGGGUGUCAAAGAGCAGCUUGCUCCUCUCAGCACCCUGGGCCGACUUCGUAUGCCAUACUUGACCUGCUUGAAAAUGGUGGUGAAUCACACCCCCUACACCUGGCUUAUUUUUGGGUUCCUUUUUUCGUCCCUGGCUUUUCAGAUGGCUCAGGGGAAUUUUGCUUUGUUCAAUACCCAUGUUGCUGGUCUGGGGGCCUAUUUCCAGCACCUUGUCCUCAUCCUGCUGAGUGCCUCUACACUGUCUAUUCCAGUAUGGCAGAUGCUUCUUCUGAGACUUGGCAAGAAGACCACUAUCUUUAUUGGGCUGUCGAUAUACAUCCCAACUCUGAUCAUCAUUGCCUCUGUGAAGACCCACCUCCCAACCUACAUCCUCAUGUCCACCCUAGCUGGAUCCAGUCUUGCAGCAUUAUACUUGCUUCCCUGGUCAAUGCUACCAGAUGUGGUUGAUGACUUCAAAGUGAAGCACCCAACCUGCAAGGACCUGGAGGCCAUGUUCUAUUCCUGCUUUGUGUUCGGCAAUAAGUUUGGAGGGGGCAUGUCAGUUGGGAUUUCCACCCUGGCUUUAUAUUUUGUCGGGUACGAGCCGGGUGCCUGCAAGCACAACGACAGGGUGAUCACCACAUUGCGGGUACUUUUUGCUCCGGUGCCCAUUGUGCUUUUGCUGGUUGGGAUGCUGCUCUUUUACUUCUACCCCAUCAAUGAGGAGAGGCGCCAGCAGAUUCAGAGGGAGCUGGAAGAAGCAGUAAAGGUGAAUGCAAACUUGGAUCAAAUCAGCAUUGAGGCCACCCCAGACCCAUCCAAAUCAAGUCCCAACUAGAAGCCUUUCUGCUUUGUUUUAUGAAAAGCAGACCUCUGUAAGCCUCUGUCUUUGAAAAGCCAAAUGGAUGAAACGUACCUUAGACAAAAUAUGUAUGUCUCUCUGUAUGUAUUACAUAGUACAGUAAAUAUCUGUUUGUUUAAUAUAACAUGAUAAAUGAUUUUGUAUGGUAUUUCCCAUAUACAGUCGUGGAAAAAAUUAAGAUACCACAGCACAAUUUUUUGUUUCACUCAUUUCUUAAUUUAUGGGUGUCCGUCUGUGAAUAAUAUAUAUUUUUCUGCAAACUGCUGUCUGGUUCUACCCUGUUUCUCA